CUCUCUCUCCCACAAAGAUUUUCAAAGCUCAGUCACUCAGAGAAUCGAAUCUUUGUGUGGCCUAAGAAGAAGAGGGCGAUUCAUUUGAAGCUCUAAGAUGGUGUUGAGGACACAGAGAUGGAAUCGUCUUACUACUUUGAGAUUGGUUCAUCUCCGUUCAACUGAGACAGGUACUCUGAGAAAUGCUGCUUUCUUCCAAAGCCCAUACGACUUCUUCUUCUGCGUACAAGGCUUCUCUGGUCUCACCAGCGAUAGAAAGAUGUCUUCUUACAAAGAGAGAUUGAGAAGUGGUCUCGUCGAUAUCAAGAAGGAUGAUGCUGUUGCUCUGUUUCAGUCCAUGCUUCGGUCUCGUCCUCUUCCUACGGUCAUUGAUUUCAACAGAUUGUUUGGUUUACUUGCCAGAACUAAACAGUACGAUCUCGUGUUAGCUCUCUGCAAGCAAAUGGAACUGAAAGGGAUUGCGUAUGACCUCUACACUCUCAACAUUAUGAUCAAUUGCUUCUGCAGGCGUCGGAAACUCGGUUUUGCUUUUUCCGCUAUGGGGGAGAUCUUCAAACUUGGGUAUGAGCCUAACACAGUCACAUUUAACACCCUCCUCAAUGGCUUAUGUCUCGAGGGCAGAGUCUUUGAAGCUGUGGAGUUAGUUGAUUGUAUGGUCCUAAGCCAACAUGUACCAGAUCUCAUCACCCUCAACACUCUUGUCAAUGGGCUUUGUCUCAAAGAUAGAGUGUCUGAAGCAGUGGAUUUAAUAGCUCGAAUGAUGGCUAAUGGAUGUCAACCCAAUCAGUUUACCUAUGGUCCAAUCUUGAACAGAAUGUGUAAGUCUGGGAACACUGCCUCGGCCUUGGAUCUGCUCAGGAAGAUGGAACAUAGAAAGAUCAAGCCACACGUAGUCACAUACACUAUCAUCAUUGACAAUCUUUGCAAAGAUGGGAGACUCGACGAUGCACUCAGCUUUUUCAGUGAAAUGGAAACCAAAGGGAUCAAAGCAAAUGUCUUUACCUACAACUCUCUCAUAGGAAGCUUCUGUAGUUUUGGCAGAUGGGAUGAUGGUGCACAGUUGCUGAGGGAUAUGAUUACAAGGAAAAUCACCCCCAACGUUGUCACUUUCAGUGCUUUGAUUGAUAGUCUUGUUAAAGAGGGAAAGCUUACUGAGGCUAAAGACUUGUACAAUGAGAUGAUCACAAGAGGCAUAGAGCCUAACACCAUUACAUAUAAUUCUUUGAUAUAUGGGCUGUGCAACGACAAGCGCUUAGAUGAAGCCAACCAGAUGAUGGACCUGAUGGUUAGCAAGGGAUGCGAUCCUGAUAUCGUGACUUUUAAUGUCCUUAUAAACGGAUUUUGUAAGGCUAAACAGGUUGAUGAUGGUAUGAGACUAUUCCGAAAGAUGUCUCUGAGAGGAAUGAUUGCAGAUACAGUGACUUAUAGCACUCUCAUCCAAGGGUUUUGUCAAUCAAGAAAACUUAUUGUCGCCAAAAAAGUCUUCCAAGAGAUGGUCUCUCAAGGUGUUCAUCCUGGUAUUAUGACUUAUGCUAUUUUGCUGGAUGGGUUGUGUGACAAUGGCGAACUAGAAGAGGCUUUGGGAAUACUUGAUCAAAUGCACAAGUGUAAGAUGGAACUUGAUAUUGGUAUAUAUAAUAUCAUCAUUCACGGGAUGUGCAAUGCAAAUAAGGUCGAUGAUGCUUGGAGUUUGUUCUGUAGCCUACCUUCGAAAGGAGUGAAGCGUGAUAUUCAGUCAUACAACAUAAUGUUGUCAGGAUUAUGUAAGAGGAGCUCAUUGUCUGAAGCGGAUGCAUUGUUUAGAAAAAUGAAGGAAGAUGGGUAUGAGCCAGAUGGUUGUACGUACAAUACACUUAUCAGAGCACAUCUUCGAGGUAAUGACAUAACAACUUCAGUUCAACUCAUUGAAGAAAUGAAGAGGUGUGGGUUCUCUUCAGAUGCUUCCACCGUAAAGAUUGUUAUGGAUAUGUUAUCGAGUGGUGAAUUGGACAAAAGCUUUCUAAAUAUGCUUUCUGGUCCUUUUGGAGACAAAUCAUCAUCGUUGGAUUGAAAUAAAUCUUCUUGGAAGACGCUGGUGAGCCUUGUCGGAAGGGAGAUGUGCACUUGCUAAUUAAUAUGUCUUCUUAGAAUGUUUGGAUCUUAUCCGCAAGAGACAAAGUCCCGGUUAAUGGUUUCUGAGGUACUUGGGCUUAAUAGUAUAAAAUUAAGUUUGUUUGCUUACAUCUAAAUUGAUCUUGAUGUCUUUUCCGUUUUAUAUUGCUUUCUUUCUUUCUGUUUUGUCAUUGGUUCAUUUUCAGUGUACAAUGUUUGUCAUCUUCGUUUGAGCAUAUGUGUAUUGACAAAUGCUCAAGCUUGAUAAGCAGUAACACUUUUGGCACUUAUUCCGUCUUAAAGUUUCAGGUGAUGAGAGAUCUGCAAUGUGUUACUAUGAUCUGUUCAGACAUCAAUUACAACUAGUUUGGUUGUGCAUGUCUUCAUGGUUGGACCUUGGGAAUUAAUUACUAGUUGUGAAAGUCUAAGAGAAGUUAAUUGUGAACAGAGGCUGGGAAGGAAAAAGGGACGGUGGUUACAGCUUGUGGUGAAGAAGAGGGAGAAACAACUUGGUUUGCCUUUUUUCUUUUGAACUGUGAGUUUGGUAAUAGGAUCACUUGUUGUCACUCAGGAUGAUAGUUAUAAUCGAUUUCCAGUUGUAGAUCGAUUCGAGUUCUUGUGGGCGUUUGAAGACAGGUUUGAGAUGUUCUAAAGUAGUAUGUUGACUCCAUUAAAAAAAUGAAUGAUUGUGUUUUGAUCACAUACAAUACAUUCUUGAAUUCAA